CCGGGUUAAGGUAAUUGGGUUCAAAUUUUCGGGUUCGGGUCGGGUCGGAUCAAUGCUAGUGCUAUUACCAGUAGUGGCGUUUUGAUUUCUUCUCCCUAAGUUCACACUCGCUUUGAGAGAGAGAGAGAGAGAGAGAGAGAGAGAGCGAUGGAGGAUGAGGAAGAUUUUGGGGAUUGGGAAAUGAUGGAAAUCGUCAUGAAAGCGGAAGAGAGUUAUUGCCCUACUCAGCCGUGUCUGCCUGAGCCUGCUCCAGCGAUUGUACCGGUUCCGGCUCCAGCGCCGACGCCGGUGGUGGCGACGAUUUCGUCGUCUUUACCACACGCUGUACAGUUACAAUCCGCGGGACUACAGAAAAAAAUUCCAGUUCGUGAUCCUCCUUUCGUCAGCUACUCUCCACCGAGAGUACUCUCUCAAAGAGUAGUAAACGGAUUCAAUGGCGCGUCAGUGGAUUACUCCAACUCUUCGGCGGCUGCUGCUAGACCAAGCUCUCCGAGUUCUUCGACUCGUCCCUAUGAUAGCGAGAAGGAUCUCGAAAUCCGUCGUCUUAAGAUGGAGCUGGAACGUGUCUCUAAGAAGUUACUGGAUACGGAACAAGAAUUUUCUCAGCUGAAGAAGGGGAAAAGCAAAGAAACACAGUCCAAAAACUUGCGUGAUGAAAAGAAAGGGAAAUGUGCUACAGUUCAUGCUUCUAAGAGAACAAACUUGGAGCCAGAUGGUGCGACUUCAGUAAAUGAUCGAGGAAUCGAUUCUACAGCAGUGUUAGAUGACAAAAGAAGCUUCAAGACCACUGGUGUUCAGGCGGAUCUGACCAAUCAUUCUGACCUUUCAAAGAAACUGCUAGAUAUCUGGUGCACCUCGAAUUAUCAAGAUCCAAGGAAAAAUCUAAUCACAGAGUUGCUACUGGCUUGUUCAGCAGAUCUCCAGAUUCUCUUUAGUUUUAUGAAUAUCAGUACGCCUCCCAAAGAAAAAGACAAGCAGGCAGCCAAAACCUUGUCGAAUAUGCAAUCUUCUAAACCAUUAGAAUCUGAAAAAGUAUCUCACUUGUAUUCUGCUGUAACAAAGAUCAGCUAUGGGUUUGUAAAUUUGAAGACCUUGGUUGAGCCACUACUUGGUCUUUGUAAGGCGGAAAAUGCCGUUCUUGUUCAUAGAUCUCUACAUGUACUACAUGUGCUCUUGGAGCAUAUAUGUGGUGUUGAAGAGAGAUUUGAAGCCAGGGACAAUACCACAGGUGAGGAGGCCAGCAGCUCUUGCGAGGUUGCCGAGUUUCAUGGAUACAAAGGUAGAGGGAAGACUAACUUGAGCAUUGGAGAGUCAGUUUACUCGAGUAAUAUCCCAUUACGGGGAAGAUCUGAUGCAGAGUCGAGCAGUAAGAGUCAGGGAGAUACUGAUAAAGCUCAGCCAAGUUGGGAUGCAAACUGGCAUUCACUGUUUGAAUUGAUGAAUCAAAUUGCUAGCAAAAGAACCGAAGCUAAUGUGAAACUGGAAGCAGUGUCUAUAAUGAACAUAAUCGUGAUGAGAACUGAUGCGUAUACAGAGAGAGAAACCUUUGUCUCCAAGGAAGUUUUUGAGAGCAUAUCGUUACUUUUAAAAAGAGAAGCUGGCUUACACGUUCGUAAAGGAGCUAUUCAUCUUUUCUACUUGCUGCUCAAUUGUCCAAAACUAUUAGCUAGAUUUGACUCUCUCCAUGAGGAAAAAAGAUCUUCAGCUUCUUGGAACGACAGCCAAGGAAAUCUCUUUGCUUUGGAAGCAUUUGGUAUGAUCUUUGAAGGUCUAGCAGAUUGUCUUACUUCUCCAAGAAAGACAUCAGAGGAUCUGGAACUGUGUCGGAAUGUAAUAAUGAUCUUGGCAUUAGUAGCAUCUUCAGGAAACUCUGGCUAUGAACUACUCUCAAGUCACAAACUACCUCAAGACACCAACUUCUUAAUGCUGAUACUGCAUCUGUUAGCAGCGGAAAUAGACUCGGAAUCAACAGAGUCGUACACAAAAGCGGAAAUUUUCAAAGCGAGGAUACUGUUGAUGAGAGAGAUACUGAUAUUACUAAACAGACUUGUCUCUGGCUCUUCAAGCUCUUCUACGAUUCUAAGGGAGUUAACAAAGAGCAGAGACAUGGCGAGUCUAACGGUUGAUGCAGCCACAAGAUUGUCUCGUAAAAGAAACUUACUUAUACAAUCCGAAAGCAGUGUUGGGAGAAUGAGGGAAUCUGAGAUCAUGGACUUGGCACGCAUUUUCAAGAGACGGGUCUUCGCUUUCUUAGGUGACAAUACUUGAUUAACACACAAAUCUCAUUAAUGGUGUUAGGAGCAAUUGAGUUUUUUUUGUUUUUUUUUGUGAGCAUAUGUAUAUCUGCAAAUUUUGAUUGAGGAAGUAUCUUUGAAUGAUGUGACCUCUGUUGUUUCGGUUCACUUUUUGAUCAGACAAUCACGAACUUGUAGCCAUGUUCUGUAAUUCAUUAAAAUGGUGUAGGGGUGAGGAAUUGUCUGUUGGACCUGUAAGACUCUUACAGCGAAAAUUCAGAUUGAAAAUCACGAAUAAAAUUCAGAUUGAAAAUCACAA